AUUUAUUACAGGUGUUUGGGAUUUUCCCACUAAACAAAUAUACCCUUUUUUUAGGGGAAAACAAACAUACCCUUGGUGUAAACUAAGUAGUCCGUAUAAUUCCCUUAAAAAAAACAAUCGAGAAAUUGCGUUUUCUGCGAAAAUCGUCAAGAGAAGAGAAUUGUUUAUGGCAAUGGCUGAUGAAAGCCGCGAGAAUAGCAGUGAGGUCAAGUUAAAUUUCAUUGAGAUUAUUUUGAGCGACCUAUGCGAAGCAUUGAUGGAAACCCCUGAAAGCGAAAAAUACCUAAUUGCGACUCUCAAGAGUAUGAGCCCUAAGGCAAAGAAGGAGUACCUGAACAUAAAAAAGGAUUUUAUUAAGAAACCCUCCAAGGCUCCAUCAUCUCACCAUCACUCCUCUCCUUCUCCAUCUUCCAGAAAGUCCUUGGUUUCGCGUCUUUUACUACUAGCCAAAAACAUCACGUCUCAGUAUAACAAUACCACCAACGACUUUAAACUCAUUCACCUUGUUGUAACCACUAUCUUGGAAGCACUAUUGGCUACACACUAUGGGAAAACAUCCUUUCAUAGUUGUCUCCAAGGUUUUUGCCAGUCAGGCUACCUUGACCUCGAAGGAGCAACCAAUACUGAUACUGAUACCGAUACCAGAACAAGAAAGACUUAUGACCGUGGUACCCCUAAAGAUUUACCUCCAAUAGGGGAUCACCUUACCAAGGCCCAGAUUAUCAACAGUUUGAUUUGGGAAGACUUGAUGAAUAAACGACAAGGCGAAGAAGUCUUUAUACUAAGGAAAACUAUUGUGGCUGAGUUUAUCAACAGCCGGGGCAACAACAUCGACGUUGCCGAUCUCGUUUGCAGCUUCAUCUGGCAUGAUUUGAUGUAUAAACCAAAAGGCGAAGAACACUUUCUUUCUCGUCUCAAAAGAAUCAGUAGUAAGGCAAUAAAAGAGUACCUGAAUCUUACAAAAGUUUACACCUCAGAAACUGAACUUAAUACUCAAGAUUGUGACCCAUCGGCUUCACGUCAGAAGGCUUCAACUCAGGCUGCAUGUAAAUCUUUAUCUUCAACUGCCAAAAAAUCCAACAAAACUAAGGCUACCUUUGGUGAUAUGUGUGAAUAUUUCAUCCCUUGUCCUGUGCUCCCAGGAGGGCUUGUUUUGGCUCAAAGUAUGUACUGUGCUAAAGUUUCUCUGUCAUUUUUCAAUUGCGAACAUGGUACAAAUUAUAAGCUCAUUGAACCACUGGCAAGUGCUCAGUACAUGGUUUCUGGAGUCCGCUUUCACAGCAACUUCAUUGUUGCCAAGCCUGAGAAGAAUGCCAGACCAAAGCUGUUCUAUGCCAACUUUCGGUGUAGGAAUAAGAGAGUCUGUGAUGUGCAUUGCUGCAUUGUUAAUUUUAAGAAAGCGACAUUUGCGUGCCGUGGAGAAUGCCCUCCAGUACUUGCUCACUGUGAGAAGCGUUAUACUGAAGGUCGGUCAGUUGACAGAUGCAUUUAUUUGUCAAAGGAAUCGAAAGCUAGAAAAAAUGAAUUUUGUGCAAAAGCUGCACUGAAUUUUUUUAACGAGAAGCAUGGCACAAAGUAUGGGCUAGUGGAAUCUUUGGACAGUUUUAUUGUCCCCAUAAACCUUGGUACAUAUCGAUUAGGUUGUAGGUUCAAGGCCAAGCUUGAGGAACCUAGUGCUGCUGAUGCUGAUGCUGAUGCUGAUGCUGAUGCUUCUUCUCCAAAGCUUUUCGCGGCUGAUUUGGUGAUGUCUACUGGCUGGAAGGAUGGACAAUGUUACAUUAUCAAUACUGCUGAAGAUCUGGACGAUGAUCCGAUCUUGGUUUGGGCAACAGGGAACAGUUUAAUGUUAUUGUUAGAACUUAUAACACUGCGAUCAACUCUUGUAGUAAGUUUGCUGUGAAUGUGAUAGAGGAGAAGAGCAUGUUUUUUUUUUAAAGACUGUCCCCCUUUGGGCUUUCUGUUAGUUUAUACGAAGUACAUUACAGUCCU